CGGCUCACGUGGGAAACACAGGGGGGAAGGAAGCAGCACAGGAGGAAAGCGGUUUUUGUGAUGUGUUGUUAGUUUUCUGCGGGCAGGAUGUCGGGCCACGAUCAGCUGGCCCACUAUUUGUGCGAAUUAACGAGUUUACUGUGGAAGUUGCUGCUGCCGCUGCUGUUCCUCUGUGUUCUGCUGGUCGCUGUCCUGGUCCUGCUUGUGCUGGCAGUGCGUUUCUGGCUGCAGAGCAACAGGAGUGUGCGGCGGGCGAGGGAUGGCCGUCCCACUGUGGCCUUUUUUCACCCCUACUGUAAUGCUGGGGGAGGAGGAGAGAGGGUGCUGUGGUGUGCUAUCAGAGCACUACAGAACAGGUAUGCAAAUAUCAACUUUGUGGUGUACACAGGGGACCUGGGGGUGACAGGCCAGCAAAUUCUGGAGGGAGCACGACAUCACUUCAACAUCGUGCUCCCCCGGCCUGUUCAGUUUGUGUUCCUGAGGCACCGGCUGCUCGUGGAGCCCGGACUGUUUCCUCACUUCACCCUCCUGGGACAAAGUGUGGGAUCCAUCUUCCUGGGGUGGGAGGCACUGACAGAGUUUGUUCCAGACAUUUACAUCGACUCCAUGGGCUAUGCGUUCACUCUGCCUCUCUUCCGCUACCUGGGAGGCUGCAGCGUAGCAAGCUACGUUCACUACCCCACCAUCAGCACUGACAUGCUGUCUGUAGUGAGAGAGAGGAACCCCAGGUUCAACAACCCAGACUACAUCUCUAACAGCCUCUUCCUGAGUGCCUUCAAGGUGGUCUACUACUGCCUUUUUGCACUGCUCUAUGGCAUGGCUGGCUCCUGCAGCGAUCUCAUCAUGGUCAACUCCUCCUGGACCCUUGAUCACAUCCUGUCACUGUGGCGCUCUCCUAACCGCACUUGUGUGGUCUACCCGCCAUGUGACGUCAGCGCCUUCAUGGACAUCACGCUUGAAGAGGACGGGGACAGGAAGUGCCACUCGAUCAUUUCCAUUGGGCAGUUUAGGCCGGAGAAGGACCACCGGCUGCAGAUCCGAGCCUUUAAGAAGGUGUUAGAUAGGAGGAGGGUGGGGUUAGGGGAAAGAGAGGCACUGAAGUUGGUUCUGAUUGGUGGAUGCAGGAACCAGGAAGAUGAAGAUAGAGUGCUCAUGUUGAGGGGACUGUGCCAGGAGCUGGGUGUGGCUGACAGGGUGGAGUUUAAACUGAAUGUACCCUUUGAGGAGCUGAAGAGAGAGAUGGGGGAAGCUACCAUUGGACUUCAUACCAUGUGGAAUGAACACUUUGGAAUAGGUGUUGUGGAGUGUAUGGCAGCAGGGAAAGUGAUUCUGGCUCACAAGUCUGGCGGCCCCAAAUUGGACAUUGUGGUACCUUUUGAGGAGGGUCAGACUGGCUUUCUGGCCGAUGACGAGGACAGCUAUGCAGAAGCCAUCGAAAGGAUCCUGGCUAUGCCUCCAGCCAACCGGCUGCAGAUCAGACGCAAUGCUCGUCAGUCUGUGGCUCGCUUCUCGGAUCAGGAGUUUGAAGCCUGCUUUCUGGCCGCUGUAGAGCCUUUUAUAGGAACGCUUGAGCGAUGAGAGAAGGAAUCAUUCUUUAUACGUGUGUUUAUGCAUGUAUCGUGAUGUUUGACACUUGGAGCACCUUUCCUCUGAUGCACUUAGGGCUGCAAUUACACUUUAGGGCUGGUGACAAAAUGGGAUCAUAACUUACGUGGAGAUGACUCACAUGCUACCUGUAUCUAUCUCUAUUAAUGGGCUACGUACCACAGGCCUUUAAUGUGGGAGUAAUUAAACCGUCAUCAUGUGACCCAGCUGUCUUAGCUAAUUAUAAGUCAGUCUCCAACCUUCCUUUUCUCUCAAGCAUGCUUGAAAGAGUAGUUGUAAAACAGCUAACUGGUCAUCUACAGAGGAAUGGUUCAUUUGAAGAGUUUCGGUCAGGUUUCAGAAUUCAUCACAGUACAGAAACAGCAUCAGUGAAGGUUGCAAAUUAUCUUGUGACCUCUGACAGUGGACUCAUCUCUGUGCUUGUCCUGCUAGACCUCAGUGCAGUGUUUGAUGCUGUUAACCAUAACAUUUUAUUACAGAGAUUAGAGCAUGUCAUAGGUAUUAAGGGUACUGCAGUGGUUUGAAUCCUAUUUAUCUAAUAGACUCCAAUUUGUUCAUGUAAAUGGGGAGUCUUCUUCACACACUAAGGUUAACUAUGGAUGUCCACAGGGUUCUUUUCUGGGUCCAAUUCUAUUUACAUUAUACAUGCUUCAAUUAGGAAGUAUUAUUAAAAAGCAUUGCAUAUAUUUCCUAGAAAUCUUAGAAACAUGGUGUCUAACCAGAUACUUACUCUGGAUGGCAUUACUUUGGCCUCCAGUAACACUGUGAGAAAUCUUGGAGUCAUUUUUAACCAGGAUAUGUCCUUCA